AGAUCAAGAAGGUAUUANAAGAGCUCCAUCAUGAACCGCUACGUUACCAACAAGUUUGAUGCACACCUUUUCCACACCAUUGGCGUGGAGUUCCUCAACAAGGAACUAGAGGUAGAUGGCCACCAGGUUACUCUACAGAUCUGGGACACUGCUGGCCAGGAGCGCUUCCGCAGCCUGAGGACUCCUUUCUACCGUGGCUCUGACUGCUGCCUGCUCACCUUCAGUGUAGAUGACAGCCAGAGUUUUCUCAACUUAAGCAACUGGAAGAAGGAGUUCAUCUACUAUGCAGAUGUUAAGGAGCCAGAGAAGUUCCCAUUCGUUGUCUUGGGCAACAAAGUGGACGUGACAGAAAGGCAGGUGUCUACUGAGGAGGCUCAACAAUGGUGCCAGGAGAAUGGAAACUUCCCCUAUUAUGAGACCAGUGCCAAGGACGCCACCAAUGUAGCGGUCGCCUUUGACGAGGCGGUGCGCAGAGUGUUGGCAUUGGAAGAAAGAACGGACCACCUCAUCCCCACAGACACAGUCAAGCUUCACAGAAAGCCUCGCUCUGCUACAUCCUGCUGUUCAUAACAUCCAGGAGUUAUCACUAACAUUUGCUGUUAUGCCUUUUAUGUGAAUAGGCUGUAGGUUUACAAUGCUGUUGUAACAUCUUAUUUAAACAAAUUAUGCUACUGGCUUUAUGAUUUGUUGUACUGUUGAAGAUUUGGUAAUGCUAUUUGGGACUUUUGCUUGAAGAGACAGAGAAGAAACACUAAACUCAUCCCAGUCUGAUUACAAAUAAACACAACAUCUCCGAUCAUUCAUUCAGCACCUAUCAAAGACUUUGGAGGCAGAAAAAUACACUUUAUUUUUUGUCGGAAACUCUAAAGCUGUCGUGAAGGAACGGAGGCAAUGUCUUUGAUUUUUCACUUUCUUCUCAAAUGUUCUAUUCUGUCACAUUGUAAAAUGAUGCAACCCUUAAAUCUGUACUACCUUGGGAUUACCAUCAUUAUAGGUUUCCAUAACUUCACUCUUAGAUGUUAGACAACAGAGUUAUGCCCUAUAUAUUUAUAUUUAGAACAUAAUUUAUACAGCCUAAUGACCUUAUUUCUGAGAAUUAUGAAGUAGCUGUGGGAAUAUGUGUAACUAACAAAUUGAGGCUUGUUGUGAUUGUUGCGCCUUUAGGUCUUUUUUGUAGGCACAUUCUGCUUAGUGAAUAGUGAUGAUAGGCUGUGUGCUGCAAGCACUUAACAAAAGAUCAAUAUUAAAGCAACAUUAACAUGCAUGGCAUCAGGUGUAUUUCAUUUCCUGGAAACUUCUAUUCUGCAACAUUUUACCUUUUAAGAAUUACCUUGAGGAAAGUGUAAUGAAAAUGAUUUAAUUAACAGUUUUCCUCAUUGUUGGUUCCAUUGUUUUCAUUUUGUUUUUAUCUUUAAAGCACUCUUAACAUUUUUAUACUUACAGUUCAGUGUUUUUCUGCACAGAUUAAUAGUGACUACUGGUAUGCUAAGUGACCAAUAAACUCCCUGAGAACUGAG